AGACACAGACGACACCUGUUCUUGUUGUGGGGAACUCAUUUUCAGCCGGACAGCAGCCUCUGGCCACCUCUCUGAGCCAUCCAGAAACUUCGAUGAAGUAGCUCCGACUGUCUCCCUGCGGUGUAGUUAACAUGAUGAAAGGAGGCAAAAGAUACGCAAAUAUGGAGCAAGAUGGUAACUGGUUUGCUCAUGGUGGUGAAAAGUCAACAAUGUUUACGAGCACAGGAACCAUGAUGGCUCAAGGAGUGCUCCAGCCUGUGCCACAUGCAGCAGAAAGAUAUCCAAAACGAAACCCUGAAAAGAAAACAAUGGGAAGAGACUACCCUUUUUCAGCGCAUGAUAACCGGGCAACACUGCAGAAUAAAAUUGAAACAUAUGAUCAUGUUUUGGGUCGGAAGAAGUGUCUUGAUGACCACAGGCAGCAUAGCUCUCAUUUUUGCCUUUGUCAUGAUAGCAGUGUGUGUGCAGUGGGACUGACGCCGAGAACUCAUUCUGCCUAUCAGUCUGACUUUGUUCCAAGGCAGGGAGCAGAGAGUGAGGAGGGCACACACAGAAGGCGCUUUCCCAGGAGUCAUCUGGAGCGGUCUCAGCAGGCUGUUAAUGCUGGGGAACAUUACAUGUGGUUUGGAAGGCAUGAUCUCGACCACCACACACCUCUUAAUGUAUUAGCAGAUUCAAACCAUUCCUCACCACUAUAACUGACAUGAUGCAGUUCCUGCAGAAAGUAUUAAAGCAGUCUUAAGAAAUA